UCGUCGUACUAGAUACUUUACACUCCACUUUUAUAUAAAGGAACAUAAAUCACCUUAUUUAGAGGCACCACACUUAUUAAUUGACAAACCUCUUAAGUUGAUCCAACUCACAUUCUUAAUUUUUUUGAGAAUGGGUUUUCUAAUUAUUUUCUCCGUCUUCUCCCUCUUUGCUUCCUUUGCGUCCGCCACGAAUGUGGUUGAUUUUUGUGUGGCGGAUCUCCACUAUCCUGUUACACCAGCAGGAUAUCCUUGCAGGAAUGUUACUAGCCUAACUGCUGAUGAUUUUGUUUUCUCUGGUCUGAGCACUCCAGGUAAUAUAUCAAUCCCCUUUGACUCUGCUAUAAUUCUAGCAAACGAUAAGACGUUCCCUGCUUUGAACGGCUUAGGCCUUAGCAUGGCACGUGCGGACAUUGCUGUGGGUGGAAGUGUCCCUCUCCAUUCACACCGAGUGUCUGAACUUCUCUUGAUGGCCGAGGGGACAAUAAUUGCCGGUUUUAUAGGUUCAAAUAACGUUGCAUACUAUAGAACAUUGAACAAAGGAGAUAUUAUGAUAUUUCCACACACAUUACUUCACUUCCAAGUUAACAUUGGUAAAUCUCCGGCUCUUGCAUUUGCUUCCUUUAACAGCCCAUCCCCCGGCUUCCAAGCCACCACCCCUUCGCUAGCGGCUAAUGACUUGCCAAGCGACGUGGUGCGGAGAAUUACUUUGUUGGAUGCAGCACAAAUUCACAAGUUAAAGAGAAUUUUUGGUGGCACCAACUAAUAAUAUGGGGAGUAUUCUAUGAAAUACCAUUUCAAUAUCACUUGAUCAUAUCAUGUGUGUUACGUACUUUAAUUUUUCAUCCUGAUGUAUUGUAAUUGUUGAGUUUGUAACCUUAUUCACUGUCGAUUAAUAUAAAUAAAGUUGGAUGUUUAAAUUUGUA